UUCAUCUGGAACAAGAUGAAGGUCAUUAUUGUUGCUGGGGCACGGGAAUUUCUCUUAGAAAUUGGCUUACAAGAUCCUGUUCUUGAUAUCAAAAGAAGGAUUCAACAACUCGUGGGUGUGCCUGUGACUGCACAAAUUCUUGCUGUAUCAGGUUGGGAGUUGGUUGAUGGACUAGACAUGGAAGACUAUCCCAUUGUCAUUGAUGGCACAAGAAUUGAACUCACCAUCAAACCAAUGAUGCCAGCAUUUAGCAGCUACUGUGGUAUGAUUCAAAUCAUAGUGAAAUUUUCAGCAAGACAGAUUAAUAUAGAGGUUGACAGAACAGAUACGGUGCGUAGCCUGAAGGAAAAAAUCCACAUUUUUGAUGGCACGCCAAUCAAAAGGAUGUCUCUUUUCUUUUCUGGGGUGGAGCUUGAUGAAGAUUUUCGCAACCUCAGCGAGUAUGGAAUACAUGAAUUCUCUGAGAUUGUUGUGUUCCUCAAAACCAUGACUCGAAUAAGGGAUGAUCCUCCCUCAAGAAAGCUAAGUAUAGUGGUGCAAACUUCAUCUUGUUUGCUCAAUGCAGCAUGCAUUCCUUUGGAAAUGAAAGACUCAAGCACUGUUAAUGACAUGAGGCAACUUCUUUUGAGCAGAAAAAUCCUCCCUCAAGACGAUUAUUUGUUUAUACACAAGCAAAGGAUCAUGCGUGACAGUUGUAGCCUCAGGUGGCAUGGUGUUGAUAAUGGUGAUUCCCUUUAUGUGUUCAAGGGAACAGUAAGUCGUAGUUGAUACUGAGUUGCUUGAAGUUCUGCAAUUAUGGUUGCAAAACUAAUUAUGUCCAAGUAGAGAUUUCUUAGCUUCUUUUUUCU